CAUCCUGUUGUUCUGUGAUGAAAGAAAACCAUUAACUUAACAUGUUUGGCAUACUGAUUAUAGAACUCAUUAAUAGCCACUGACUCUAAUUCUGGUGUAACCAGCUCAGACCAUUUCCUGGCUUUAUAGCCGCAGCAAGAUUGCAUGCAAGUAUACGUGAGGCGAUGUAGUCAUGUCAAUCUGGUUUGAGGAUACGUUGAUUUCUGUCGGCCUCGAACCAAUUGUUCUACUCAUGAGCCGCACCAUGUCUAAACCUUCGGCCACAGGUAGUGAUGUUCCAUCUCUCAAGCCACAGUAUGGGGUGAAGACUGGUUACUUUUCUGUAAGUGAUGGUAAACAUGAACCAGAGCCGGUACGAAUGCAGCUUUCAAGAGAAGCUUUAAUUUUACAAAAAGAAGAAUUUGUAAGCGUUCCAGUAGUACAGUAUGCUGCAUUACCAGAUGAGGAAGAAUUAACAAAGGAGAGAACAGUUUGUAUUAAAAGACAGCGAGUCGGGGGUCUAGGACUCAGCAUUAAGGUUAAUGGAGUCAGUAUAGAGGAUGCCACACAUGACGAUGCUGUAGCUGCAUUAAAGAAUGCAGGUCCAGAAGUUACGUUAACAGUUCGUCAUUUUAAAGCCGCAACACCUUAUCUCAAACAAAACGCAAAAAGACACCCAGAAGCUAGCAAUGAAAAUGGUGGACUAGAAAACUCACAAUUCAAUGGACCAGACUCAGGAAGCGAGGUAUCCAGUGGUGCUGAUGCUAUAGUAAUAGAUGAAACAACGACAUCACCAAAGUUAGAAAAGAGGUGGUCAGAUGUUUUAAUGGUGCCGUUAUUAAUGGCACGGAUAACAAGAUAUAUGCCUGGUAGUGAUAAACUUAGAAAUUUAGCCUUUGAGGUCUGUGCAAUGGACGGCACAUCAUCAGGUGUCAUACACUGUAGUGAUUUAGCAGAGCUUGUUGAUUGGAUGAAAGCAAUAUCGGCGAAUAUCGCCACGUUAAAUGCGCAAUCAAUGAAAAUUACUAAUAAUUUGUUGCCACACACUGAUCAGGUACUACAUAUGGGGUGGAUAAGUGAGCGUCUUCCAGCAAGUCGGUCAUGGCAACACUGGAAAUCAAAAUUCAUGGCAAUAAGAGGAUCAGAAAUUAUGUUAUUUGAAUCACCACCAGAGUCUGAACUUGCGGAUGACAGGCAGAACAGUUUUUCUUUGAAGAGUGGUUCAGAUGAAGAGCAUUACCUUAGUAGUGAAAGUAAAGGUGAAAUGCAUGUAUGGUUCAAUGCAAUACAGAAAGCUUCUAAUUCAGCUGUAGCCAAACUAGGGAGUAAAACAUACGGAUGUACAUGGCGAGGUAAAGUUGUUGGGUUGACGUUAGAUUGGAAUAAUGGUUUUACAUUAUUUGAUGCACAAAAUAAGCAAAUAAUUUUAUGGAAAUAUAGAUUUUCACAGUUGAAAGGAUCUUCUGAUGAUGGCAAAGCCAAAGUGAAGCUUCAUUUUCAGAAUUCCUCAGUGAAUCUGAUAGAAACACAGGAGUUGGAAUGUCCAAACCUCACCAAGUUACUCUACUGUAUGCAUGGCUUCUUGUCCUCCAAACUCGCUGCUGUUGAUCCAGUAUUUAUGAAGAAUGCUGCACAUAUUGAUAUUAAUGAAAUCAGUAUUGAUAUUAAUGAAAUCAGUAUUGAUAUUGAUGAAAUCAGUAUUGAUAUUGAUGAAAUCAGUAUUGAUAUUGAUGAAAUCAGUAUUGAUAUUGAUGAAAUCAGUAUUGAUAUUGAUGAAAUCAGUAUUGAUAUUGAUGAAAUCAGUAUUGAUAAUGAUGAAAUCAGUAUUGAUAAUGAUGAAAUCAGUGUUGAUAUUGAUGAAAUCAGUAUUGGUAUUGAUGAAAUCAGUAUUGAUAUUGAUGAAAUCAGUAUUGAUAUUGAUGAAAUUA